CGUCACGCGCCUGUGUUUCUAUCUGCGCGUGUUUGGGGGCGCGGGGAGGGAAAGGCUCGCUCGCCUGGCGCGGAGGGCGCUUCCGGCUGGAAGGGAGGAGAAGCAGCGGCGAGGCGCCACCAUGCCCCUGACCAGAGACUUAGUUCACCCAUCCCUAGAGGAUGAAAAGAGAAAACACAAAAAGAAACGUCUGGUCCAGAGUCCAAAUUCCUACUUCAUGGAUGUCAAGUGUCCAGGAUGCUACAAGAUCACCACAGUAUUCAGCCAUGCUCAGAUAGUGGUGCCCUGUGUAGGAUGCUCGACUGUCUUGUGCCAACCAACAGGAGGCAAAGCCAGACUCACAGAAGGUUGCUCAUUUAGAAGAAAGCAACACUGAAGAAUUCCUGUGCUGCUGUAAAUACCACUGGAAGCCUUAUGUUUGACAGUGCUGCUUAAUCUAGCAAGUUAAUUAUGUCUAGCUGUGGGGUGGGGUUUUGUGCAGAUUUGGUGUAUAUGUUUAGGGGUAACCAAACUCUAUUUUUAUAGCUUUUAUUAUACAAUGAACCUUGAAUGAAUAAGGCUGUUAAUUAUGUCAUUUGAAUGCAUUUAGUGCAUUUUUCUUCGCAGUAACAACCGGCUGAUCACUAUGGUGAAGAAAUUCAAAUGCCAGUCUUUAAAAAACUGCAUAAGAAGGGAACAUUUUAUAUAUUUUAACCCUGCUGGUUUUGCAGCUAUAGGGCCUAGUCUUCUUGGAACUUCUGAUUUGCAAAUCUCCACUGAAAUGAAUAAAAGCUAUGCAAGAAGAAACAUAGCUUACCGGUACUUGGGAAGGACUGUAGCUCCAUGGCUGAACAUCUGCUUUGCAUGCAGUACCCAGCACCCAUAGGUGGGGCCGGGAGAGACGACUCCUUGAAUUCCUGGAGAGCUGCUGCCAGUCAGUAUAGACAAUUUAUGUUAAGAUAAGUAAUUCUACUUACUUCCAGCUGUGGGUCCUCCACCUCGACCCCGAUUCUCCUCAAACGAUUUGGGAUGUCCCUCCCCGUUUCAUGGAUGCAAAAGAUCAAGAUUAUAUAUUAAACGCCAUUGCUGUGCUCUGGUCUCAGAAAAACCCACAAGGAUCCCUCCUUUUUCCUCCAUUCUUCUUAUUUCCUAUAGAAAAAGAGCACCAGUUCAGAAUCAGACCAAUGCAGGGAAGAUAGGCCUAUGAAUGCUUCCACUCUUGCUGUGAAGCCAGUAGAGAGAGGUGUCACAAUGUGGCAUGGAGAUUAGGCCAAGGAGGCCACAGGAAAAGGAUUAUUACUGAGCCAAGUGGAACAAUGGUCUGACUCAGUAUAAGGCAGCUUCCUAGGUUCCUAUUGGUUUAUUGUUUUGGUAGUCUUGCCCAGGAAAAGUUCACAAAAGAUGCUGAUCCUAUUUCCUGGCUGGUCAACUAACUGCACAGCACUUGACUAAUGUUUUCAGAACCGGCUUGCGUUGCUGUGUGCCUCCCUGUUGAUACAAUGCAGUGCCCUUGUUAACUUUUCUGAUUUUUUUUUAUGGGGAGGCACUGUCGUUCAGUGUUAGAUCACAUACUUUGCAUGCAGACAGCAGAUGAAGGAAAAGAAGAUGGAGAGCUUCUCUGCCUGUCAGAGGAAGCAGCAGUGAGCUAGUUGGGUAAAUGGACUGACCUAGUAGACAGCAACUUCUCAUGUUCUUGUACUCAAAUUGAUUAUCCAUUUGGGAGAGCAUGGGACUCUUAAUCUCAGUCGUGGGUUUGAGCCCCAAGUUGGGCAAAAGAUUCCUGCAUUGCAGGGGGUUGGACUAGAUGUCCCUUGGGGUCCCUUCCAACACUACAAUUCUAUGAUUCUAUAGACUGUUUUCUGCCUCUUGAACUGCUGUUUAUAGCCUGAACUGCAUAGUCAGCAGAAUGACAUGCACUUCACUAGUUCUGGUCAUGACCCACAGUACUAAAACCAGAAAUGCAACUUGCUGCAAGGAGUACUAAAUUGUGGAUUGAUGUUAUGGCGGUUGCAUUUCUGACUGGUUUGAGUAUUUUAUCAGGCAUUAAGAGAAUUCAAUGCAGAUUAACUUUAAUCAUAAUUACUACAGCCUGCGUCUUAUUCUUUACUUGGUAAUAUUCAAAACAUAAGCCUCAAAACCAUCAUUAGAGGUUCACAGGCCUCCUUCCAAGUUGGAAGAGUCUUAGUUGAUCAGUAGUUGUCUCUUUCCUCAACUGAAGCUGUGUUUUGUGCUUUUUUAAUUUGUCUGCAUUAGAAUCAAUAAACUGCUUGAUAUGAAA